AUGGCGGACGAGUACCUCCACUCGCGCCGCUUCGACAUGGCGCGCCGCCUCCGCCUCCGAGACCAGCUCCGCCGCGACGCGCCCGUGACGCGCCCGAGCGACGCCGCGCAGGCGCGCCGCUUCUACGGCAAGAUCUGUCGCGCGUACCAGCGCGAGCGCUGGUGGCGCGCGCUCGCGCACAUCCAGCGCUCGCUUCGGAGGCGCGAGCUCUCACGCGCUCAAUCGCGCGCCGUCUCCAAGGGCUCGUUCCUUAGCCGCCGCGACCCUGGCCGGUGGAUCAGGUGCGCGCUCGAGCUGCGCGACGUGUCCGAGUACCUGCAGGCUUGGGUCGCGCUGCUGUCGCGCGAGGUCUGGUCGGCGCCCGAGCCGGAGGCGCUGCUGCCCGGCCAAGCGCUGCUCUCCUGCACUGCCGAGUGGGCGCUCCCCCGCGUCUCCCUCGGCGAGGAGGCGAGCCUCACCCUCCGCCUCGCCUCCUCGCUCGCGGUGCCCCUCUCGCCCUCGUCGCUGCGGCUCGCCGCCUCUGGCGCGGACCUGUCGGGCGACCUCUCCGCGGCGGUUGCCAAGCUCGCCGCGCAGUCCGCCGCGCCGCACGGCGGCGAGGCUGCGCCGCGGCUCUGCAUCCCUGCGGGCGGCGAGCUGCUGCUCGAGGUGAGCCACUCGGCGGGGGCGGUGGGGACGGUGGCGCCGAAGCAGCUCGAGCUUGUGCUCGGCGAGACGCCGUGCGCCAUCGGUGGGGCCGCCCCGCUGGCGCACCCGCUCUCGCUGCCGCCCGUCGUUCGUGACGAGUGCCACCGGGUGCGGCUGCUGCUGCGUGCCGUGCGGCCGGGCGCCGCGCUGCCGUUUGCGCCGCCGGCGUCCAGCACCGAGGCGGCGCUUCCGGCGGUGGCGGUGGAGCCGGUCGAGUUUGAUCUGGCGCUGACGGUGCCGAGUGAGGGGCGGCUCGGCGCGCUCCUGCAGCUCCAGCUGUCGAUCACCAACCGCACGGACGCGCUGCACACGUUCCGCCUAUCCUUUUCGGAGAACGAGGCCUUCCUCUUUAGCGGCUUCAAGCUGCAGCAGUUCCAGCUGCCGCCCGGCUUUGGGCACACCGCAAAGUUCAACCUCGUCCCCAUCCUGUCUGGCCCGGCGCAGCUGCCGCCGCUCCGGCUCCUAUGCACACGCCCGCCACCGUCUGCCGGGCCGCCUCGCGUGCCAAACCCCCUCUGA